UCUAAAGUCACAUUCCCCAAACAGAACCAAGACAGAUCAUUCUGGGACCCUGCAGACUAGGACACAAAUAGCUGGGGUUCUGCUGGUGGAGCCCGAGGUGAGUUACAGACUGUGAAGCAUCUGGCGCAGGAGAAGUAGGACUGGGGGGUGCAACCUGUCAGUGUCUUUGGCUUUUUGAACAGGAUUGAUCCUCAUCUGCUGUUUCCAUUAAAGAACAAGUUGGAAUAAAGGGUUAAUGGAACUGAAGGUGGGUCUGAGCCUGGGAGAGGAGCCAACGGAAUGUCAGAAAGUUCUGUGGAUUUAACGUUUUCCUGCUCUGUUUCCCCAUUGCACAAUUUGGGACACACUGGGUGUGGGAGCUGCUCAGCUGGUACAGCACCCGCGGGCGAGCCUUACACACAGCACAGGCUGGAGUGGAUCAGAUGUUUACCAUGGAGGCCAUAGUUAGGCAUCGUAUGCUCCUUAUGUCUGUGGCUGGGGCUGGCGCUGCCAUAGGAUUUACCUGGCUGGUUUUAUCUCUAAGAAAAAAGAAGAGAAAGCUCAGAAAGGUGGGAGAAGUGACGCAGCUCAUUGUGUAUCCAAUCAAGUCGUGUAAAGGGGUUCCCUUACCCGAAGCAGAAUGCUCAGUGCAUGGGCUGAGGAACGGCCUCCUCAGAGACAGGCACUGGGCUGUUUCCAACGAGGAGAAAACCGUAGUGUCAGCUCGUCAUGAACCAAGGUUGGUGCUCAUCAAUUCAUCUAGUGACCAAGGCUUCCUAACCCUCAGUGCCCCCGAAAUGGAAGAUCUCAAGGUUCCCCUGACCCACCCCUCAACCAAUGAAGUCGUCACUUCCAGGGUUUUGGGGCACCUGGUGCAGGGGCGGGACUGUGGAGACGAAGCUUCUCAUUGGAUCACCGCUGCCCUGAGAAGCCGACAUGUCUAUCGAUUGCUCCAGUUUGAGGACAGAAUGAAACACAGGAACCCAAAGGACGAAUAUGUUUUAUAUACAGAGAAUGAUAAAGUGGCGUAUCCGGAGCUGAGCCCCCUACACGUGCUCUCUGAAGCGGCAGUUGAAGACCUGAACUCCAGGCUGGAGGAAAAGGUGACAUUUCGUAACUUCCGCCCCAACAUUUUGAUUUCAGGAUGCGGCGCUUACGAAGAGGACUCCUGGGAAGAGAUCCAAAUUGGCAGGGAUGUGACCCUGAAGAGAGUCAUGCCAAGUAUCAGGUGUCUCUUUACCACUGUGGAUCCGGACACGGGGAUCCCUCAUGCAAAGAACGAACCCCUCAAGACAUUACGCAGGCGUUCUGGAAACCAUCACUUGGGGAAGGGUCUCUGUAAACAAAUGAAGAAUUGAUUGUUCAGCACUCACAAAGCUACUGCCGCUCUCGCUUUUCAUGACUCACUUUGUGAACCACUGCUGUCCUCUACAUGCCAUAACAUUGGAGAAAUGAUGAUUGUUGCUGGAGAAUUCUUCUGUGUAGAUUACUUGCCAAAACCCAAGCUGUAAUGGUUUGUUAUGCUGACCUUUGUUAUUCCAUUAGACUCAACUGUUUGAAAUAUGCACAUACUACAAGACACUACUUUACUCUCUGCUUUGACCCAACACCAUCGUUUAGGCUU